GCGGCAUUGGGGCCUCAGAACCAGAGCCACAUGUCUGAGUUCCUCCUCCUGGGGCUCCCUGUCCCGCCAGGGCAGCAGGGCGCAUUCUUCGCCCUGUUCCUGGGCAUGUAUCUGACCACGGUGCUGGGCAACCUGCUCAUCCUCCUGCUCAUCAGGCUGGACUCCCGCCUGCACACGCCCAUGUACUUCUUCCUCAGCCACCUGGCCCUCACUGAUGUCUCUUUCUCAUCUGUCACUGUCCCUAAGAUGCUGAUGAAUAUGCAGACUCAUGACUUCUUCAUUUCCUACCCUGGGUGUAUUUCUCAGUUGUAUUUUUAUUUAUUUUUUGGUUGUGUUGAUAAUCUUCUUCUGGCCGUGAUGGCAUAUGACAGGUAUGUGGCCAUCUGUCACCCUCUACAUUACACCACCAUCAUGAGGGAGAGGCUGUGUGUGCUGCUGGUGGCUGGCUCCUGGAUUUUCUCUUCGGGCAGUGCUCUGCUGCACACCCUCCUCCUGGCUCAGGUGUCCUUCUGCACUGACAACAUCAUUCCUCAUUUUUUCUGUAGCCUCUCCAUUCUAAUCAAGCUGUCAUGUUCAAACACCUCUGUGAAUGAGCUGGUCUUAUUCACUGAAGGGGCUAUGGUUGUCAUUUUUCCAUUGUGUGGCAUUCUGGUUUCUUAUGGACACAUUGGAGCCUCUAUCCUGAGGGUCCCCUCUACCAAAGGGAUCUGCAAAGCCUUGUCCACCUGUGGCUCCCACCUGUCUGUGGUGUCUCUCUUUUAUGGGACAAUUAUGGUUCUGUACUUUUCCUCCUCAUCAAGCAACUCCACUGACAAGGGCAUGAUUGCCUCUCUGAUGUACACAGUGGUCACCCCCAUGUUAAACCCCUUCAUAUACAGCCUAAGAAACAGAGACAUGAAGUUGGCUCUGAGAGUUCUUUUAAAAAAAAACCCUUUUGCCAUGUGA